AUGCCGUUCGUCAAGAGACAGAAGAACGACGCCUACUUCUCGCGGUUCCAGGUCAAGCCCAGGCGGAGAAGGGAGGGAAAGACCGACUACUAUGCGAGGAAGCGGUUGAUCGCCCAGGCCAAGAACAAGUACGCGUCCCCCAAGUACCGUCUUGUGGUCCGGAUCACCAACAAGCAGAUCAUCUGCCAGAUCAUCUACGCCAAGCUCCAAGGCGACAUUGUCUUCACCCAGGCCACCUCCAAGGAGCUUCCCCGUUACGGUAUCAAGCACGGUCUCACCAACUGGUCCGCCUCAUACGCUACCGGUCUUCUUGUCGCUCGUCGGGCUUUGACCAAGCUCGGUCUUGCCGACAAGUACGAGGGUGUCGAGGAGCCUACCGGAGAGUUGACCAUGACCGAGGCUUUGGGAGAGGACGAGCCCCGGCCAUUCAAGUGCUACCUUGACGUCGGUCUCCGCCGCACUUCCACCGGAUCCCGUGUCUUUGGCGCCAUGAAGGGUGCAUCCGACGGCGGUAUCUUCAUCCCCCACAACGCCAAGCGUUUCCCCGGUUUCGACCCAGAGUCCAAGACCCUUGACGCCGAGGUCCUCCAGAAGUACAUUCUCGGUGGACACGUCGCCGAGUACAUGGAGUCGCUUGAGGAGGAAGACGACGAGCGGUUCAAGAAGCAAUUCGCGACCUACCUCGCCGACGACAUUGGAUCGGACGACAUUGAGGAGGUCUACACUUCCGCCUACGCCGCCAUCCGUGAGGACCCCAGCUUCACCGCUACCGAGAAGGACACGGAGAAGUGGAAGAAGGAGUCGCUCUCGCGCAAGCAGCACAAGCUCAACAGGGAGCAGAGGCGGUCGAGGGUCGAGGAGAAGAUUGCCGCCUACAAGGCUGGCAAGCUUGCUGCCGCCGACUCGGACGACGAGUAG